ACGGCUGAGGUUGCCGAUAAACUUCUAUCCAAGGAGGCAAAUGAGGGUCCGGAGGAAAACGGGGUCUGCUGGAAGUGACUCUUCCCAGUCCCUCACCUUGCAGAAUCGUUUAAGGAAGUUCUUCGGUUAAACGCUUAGACCUGAAUCCCGCCUCCUUUGCGAAUUUCCUGGUGAAUUAGGAGAACUUUUGUAAACUACUAUCAGAAAUGGCAUGCAUUUGAACGUGAUGGGUAGCGUGUAUGCGACAUAGUUCUAGAUUUAGCUUCCUCUCUCUAUAUAAAUAGAAUCUGCAUAAGCCAAAGGGAACCUAACUCCCGCAGCAUCCCAGCUGGAGGGCUGAUGAUUAUUCAGAGAGUGGUGUUGAAUUCACGUCCCGGCAUCAAUGGUGUACCAACUACAGAAAACUUCCGUAUGGAGGAAGCCACUCUACUGGAUAAAAUGUCAGAGGGUCAAGUAAAAGUUCGCACACUUUAUCUAUCUGUGGAUCCCUAUAUGCGUUGUCGUAUGAAUGAAAACUCUGGUUCUGAUUAUAUUCUGCCCUGGAAGCUGUCUGAAGUUGCCAGUGGUGGAGGAAUUGGCAUCGUGGAAGAAACCAAAGAUGCCUGUUUCUCCAUAGGAGAUUUUGUAACUUCCUUUAACUGGCCGUGGCAGACUAAGACCAUUUUAGAUGGAAAGCAAAUUGAAAAGAUUGAUCCACAUCUUGUAGAUGGGCAUCUUUCCUACUUUUUGGGUGCAGCUGGCUUGACUGGACUGACCUCUUUGUUAGGAAUAAGGGAGAAAGGACAUGUGACUCGGGGUGCUAACCAAACCAUGGUUGUCAGUGGAGCUGCUGGUGCCUGUGGCUCAUUGGCUGGGCAGAUAGGUUUCCUGGAGGGCUGUUCCAGAGUGGUUGGUAUCUGUGGAACCAAUGAAAAAUGCUCUAUUUUGGUUUCGGAAAUGGGGUUUGAUGCAGCUAUCAACUAUAAGGAAGAGGAUGUGGUGCAACGGCUGCGUGUGCUCUGUCCAGAUGGAGUGGAUGUAUACUUUGAUAAUGUCGGUGGAGACAUCAGUGCUGCAGUGAUAGGUCAAAUGACUCCAAAUAGCCAUAUCAUUUUAUGUGGGCAGAUCUCCCAGUACAACAAAGAUGUGCCUUAUCCUCCUCCACUCCCUCCUGCAACAGAAGAAAUAAGGAAAGCACGAAACAUCACUAGGGAAAGAUUUCUAGUUCUGAACUACAUGGACAAAUAUCCAGCUAGUACUAUGCAACUUUGUCAAUGGAUCAAAGAGGGAAAACUGAAGGUUAGAGAGACUGUUGUGAAAGGCUUGGAGAACAUUGGAGCUGCUUUCCAGUCCGUGAUGAGUGGAGGCAACAUUGGAAAACAGAUUGUACAUGUUUCGGAUUAAAAAGAUCUUUUACUGUUAUGCAGAAAAAAACAAGAAGUUGCUGAAGUCAGGCAUAUCUUGUUUUUGCUAAAAAUACUGUUUGCAUUAACUGACCAGAAAGUGAAUUCUGUACCCUCACUUUUAACAGUGUUCAUAAAAAUCGGGCAACUAAUUUUUAUCUGUUCAAAAUGGAAAUUAUAUAUAUCUAGAUCUAAUGUUUAGACAACCUGAUGCUAUUAACACAUAAGUCUAGCUUUCACCCUGGGUCUCUUGUCCACUUUCGCACAGGUUAUCUGCCCCAGGUUCAAUGCUUUUGGGAAGUGUUUAUUUUUCUGCUUCCCACAGCAUUGUGGGGAACAGUAUUACCUCCAGGGUUCCCCCAGCUUUUCUCUGAUCUUUCUUUGCUGCAUCGUUUUUGGAAGGAUCACAGUAAACCCUGCAUAACUAUUCUAUGAGUGAGGAAAUCUGUAUUUUCCCUAACCCACAUGCCAGCCAUUUUACCUGACGCUGUCCCCAUGGUGGCCACUUCCUCCCCCUUCCACUGGGCUUUUGUUUUUUAAAUUGGCAACUGAAUAUUGUUACAUUGAUAUACUGUUAUAACAAGGUCUGUGAAUUAUUAGAUUUUAUUUUAAAAAGAAAGUAAGUCUCUAUCUCCUUACCUACAUAACAGAAAGUGCUAGAGACUUUUGUUUUAAAAUGAAAGCUGAGAAUUCAGAGACACAUAUUGUUAUAAUAGUACAUCAGUGUAAGUCUCUGUUCCUUUCUGUUGUGGAAGACAGAGGCUAGAGACUGGCUUUCUCUCUGCACCUUUUGGUUUAUGAUGCAAAAAAGGGAGGACCUCUCUUUGUAUGAAUAUUCUACAUAAAAAGCUAGAUUGUUACAAUAUGUUUGUGUACAUGAGAAUAAAAUAUCAAUUCUAUGUAUCCAUCCAAAGAAAAAGACUAGAAUUAAAAGUUUCUGAUUAAUGAAAUUUGAUAUGGAAGAGCAGAACUUGAUGUUUUUAUUAAAGCUCAGUGCUACUUAAUGUUAAGUAACUGAAGCUCCAUGGUGAUGAUGCCCACAAGGCUGCCCCCACAUGGGGAUCCCCAAUAGUUAUUAAUCCAGUAGUUAUUAACCCCUAAAGAUCUUCUGGAUAGACUGCCAAAGGCCUGGAUAAAACAUCCUGCUUGAUAUUAAAUUUGGGGGCCCUGAUAUUGAAUUUGGUCCCCCCCCCGGGCAGGAAUUCCCUGGGAUAGUCUAAAAAGGGAGUAGCCCACCUGCUGGAAUGCUCUGUGGAGUACAGUAAUAAAAUACUAUUUGUUUCAGGCCUCUAGAGCUCCCUCCACACUUUGGCAAUUGACUCAGUCAGCUUGCUGGAUAACUGAGGCUCCUGACUUGUGAUGGACAGGUUAAGUUCUGCCUCCCCCUAAGAAUGACCACUGGAGAUGACAGAAUGUUGAUGAGAGGCUGACAGUUAAUGUCAUUCAGUUAGAGGGAGAGACAGAACUGGCUGGGUAAGGAGUUGGAAAUUUAAGCCUGGGUAUGGCAGAACAGUAAGCUGAUGCUGGCUGGGAGAAAGUCAACUUGUAACAAAGAAUCCU